CUACCCUCACUUGAAUACCCUUUUCUGCAUUUCCGAGUUUCCCUGGUGAGCAACUAGGUGGAUCUCUCUCUGGGUCUCUGCACUUCGGUUGCUUUCAUCCACCAUGGACGUCGCCAAUAAGUCCCAAAGUCGGUUCACGCUGGGCCGGCAAUCCUCUAAGGCGCCGGAACGCCGCCACUCCUGCGAUGACAUUGGGUCGGAGGCGUUGGACUCGAGUGUGAGGUUGAUGUAUUUGGCGAACGAAGGGGAUUUGGAUGGAAUCAAGGAGCUCUUGGACUCUGGAAGUGAUGUCAAUUUCAGAGAUAUUGAUGGCCGCACCGCUUUGCACGUCGCCGCGUGUCAGGGUCUCACCGAUGUCGUUGAAAUGUUAAUCCAAAGGGGUGCUGAGGUCGACCCUAAGGACCGGUGGGGCAGCACGCCUCUAGCGGAUGCAAUGUACUACAAAAAUCAUGAUGUUGUAAAAAUUUUGGAGAAACAUGGAGCAAAACCUCCGAUGGCUCCCAUGCAUGUCCAAAAUAGUCGUGAAGUCCCAGAAUAUGAGAUUAGCCCUUCUGAACUUGAUUUCACAAAUAGUGUUCGCAUAACAAAGGGAACUUUUCGUGAUGCAUUAUGGCGUGGCACCCAUGUUGCUGUCAAAACACUUGGGGAGGAAGUUCUAACUGAUGAUGACAAAGUAAAAGCAUUUCAUGAUGAGCUUGCGUUACUUCAAAAAAUACGGCAUCCAAAUGUUGUCCAAUUUUUAGGUGCUGUAACACAGAGCACCCCAAUGAUGAUUGUCACAGAAUAUCUACCUCAGGGAGAUCUUCGUGCCUACUUGAAAAGGAGAGGUGCAUUAAAACCAAUAACGGCUGUGAAGUUUGCACUUGACAUUGCAAGGGGAAUGAACUAUUUGCAUGAACGUAAACCAGAAGCAAUUAUACACCGAGAUCUUGAACCUUCAAAUAUACUGCGGGAUGAUUCUGGGCAUCUGAAAGUUGCAGACUUCGGGGUUAGCAAGUUGCUCAAAGUUGCAAAAACUGUCAAAGAAGACAAACCUGUGACUAGCGAGGAUACUUCUUGGCGCUAUGUUGCUCCAGAGGUCUAUAAAAAUGAGGAGUAUGACACCAAAGUAGAUGUCUUUUCAUUCGCUCUAAUAUUGCAGGAGAUGGUUGAAGGUUGUCCACCAUUUCGUGCAAUGCCGGAAAAAGAAGUUCCUAAAGCAUAUGUUGCAAAUGAGCGUCCACAGUUCAAGGCCUCAUCUAAGGUUUAUGCGCAUGGGCUAAAAGAGUUAAUUGAGGAAUGUUGGGAUAAAGAACCACACAGGAGACCAACGUUUCGACAAGUAAUUGAGAGAUUGGAAAGCAUCAGCAGCCAUUUUGCACGUGAAAAACGCUGGGAGGAUUGUACCUCUAGAUGCUUCCCAAAUAUGAGGGCCUUGUUUCAGCGGAAUCGGACGAAUCCAGGAAGCCGAUCAUCUCGGUUGAUGACCAGAUGAGUAAGAGAUUAAAAUGCAGUUGGAAGCAAGCAGCGUUUCAAUUCUUUUGUACAUACAUGGAUGGCUUUUGGAAACAACAAAUCCCUCCACGGUAAACCAUGUUGGGUUUGUUGAUAUGCAACUGAAUAGUUGGGUUGUGGCCUCCGUGGGAAGACUACUGACCCCUUCAGGUUAAUUGUUAAUAGGUGAGUUCCGAGGACGGUAGAUGAAUGUUUGCGAAAUAUGUGGAUAUACGGGGGUGUUCCCUAAUAAGCUAAGCAAGGCAAAAACCUUUUUUCUUUCUCUCGUUCAAGCAAAAAAUGUUCUCUUAAGUGUCUUUCAUGGAGUGGAUUCAUCCCCCAGUAAUUUCGAUGUUGCUGCGAAUUGGUUUUAUCGGCAAA